AUGGCGGAAGGCGCAUUUACGAAGGCUGUGAAUCAAAAAUACCCUGGAUUUACCUAUGAAGCCGAAGGGAAGUGGAGAGGCCCUUUCUGUUUCGUCCAUGCAGCAGACACACAGUUUGGCUUGAUUGACUCGUGGAAUGGAGUCCCGCUUGGCGAGCAAAAGUGGGAGAAGGAGAUCGUGUUAACACGUAAGGCUAUCGUGGCCGCAAACAAGUUGUCACCGAAACCUAGAUUCUUUGUGGUUUGUGGUGAUCUCGUUAACGCGUUUCCUUGGGAAGAAUAUAAUGAUUCACAGGUCGAGGAUUUUAAGAAGGUUUUCAAAGAACUUGAUCCGAGCAUACCACUAAUUUGCGUGUGUGGAAACCACGAUAUUGGAGAUUCGCCAACGCAACAGUCAUUACAGAAGUACCGCAGCAAUUUUGGCGAUGACUUUUAUUCUUUUUGGGUUGGAGGUGAGAGUUAUCACUGCUUUUGGUGAAACAUUAAACAUAUAUUCAAACCUGAUUUUCCUUUUGGAGGUUAAGCGUAAAUUUUCUCGACUAUAAAAGAUUUCGUUAUCGCGCCCUCGAUAAUUUGUUUUCUAUUAUUCAUCGUAAAAAAUUUCACUUUUCAAGUCCUUUAUAGUGCGUUAUAUCGGUGCAUUUGUAUCAUUUCAUAAAAAUGUAUCAGUAUGCCGUCGCGAGAAGCCUUUUCAAUUAUUAUUAUUUUUUUUUUAUUAUUUUUUUUUUCAUGCAGAAGUUUUACGCUUCUAUGGAGAUUUUGAAUUUUUAGUUUACGUCUGUAGGAAAUGUACUUCCCAUCCAUAUGAGCUAUGUAGGGUGGGCCAAGAGGGGAAAAUCGUCAUCAUUAAGGAAGUAACCGCCCGUUGUGACAACCUUCAAAAGUGUCCUCCAUGGCCACGAUGACUAUUGGAAUUGGCAUAGAAUUAGAAUUGGCAUAUUCUCUUAGUCUGUGGUUAAAAAAAAGAAAAAGAAAUAAUGAUAAAGUCAAAGAAUACUUAUGGCCAACUCUUGCAUAAAGUAUUCAAUCAAGAGAUGAAACAUGGUUGUGAACUUGUAAUUACUGGUCUUGCAGCAAUGCAAGGUUGCUCUUAUCUCAAAAGCCAAGCUUCGGGAAAAUCAUGGAGGGUUCCACAAUUAUGGUAACCAUCCAACUCAGCAAAAUAAUAAAUGCAUAUAAAAUCAACAAAACCAGCACAAAAUAGUAUCCUGCAAUUAUCAAAUUACUAUUUGCAGAAUUUGACAAAUUGAGAUGCUGCCAUUCAAAUCUUUCUUAACCUGUACAAGCUAAAUUCCACUAUCUUCCAUUCCUAUGUCACAUUUCACCUCACAGUUGCACAAUAUAACACAACAAUCUUUGUUCACAGGGUUUUCUCCCACUCCCACAAACUUAACAUUUUUGUGCCUUGGAACAAAUAUACCUCAGAACACAUUUUAUGUGACCAGAAGUUUUUUUGACUGAUUGAAAUUAAAGAUAUUCAGAAAUGAAUUCCACAAGUUUUCUUUUGUCAGAAAAAGCACAUGAUUAUUUUUGUCCACUUCUGAUUGAUCCAGCUGCUGAUUACUUAAGAUAAUUGAAUGUAAUCAAAGUUUUUUUUUUAUAUCAAAUCAUAAACAAUCGAAGCAGUUCCCAGCACUGGGUUUGUGCCUGAACUUGAUAAACUUUUGUUCACUUGGAAGGUGAUACUUAAAGCAAUGAUGCAUAGUAUAAACUGUAACAAAGCCUCUCUAUCAUUUUAUGCACGAGUUCGGGACAACUGAUUACCACAGUGUCUACAUCUUAGAUUCAGGAUGAGUGAGUGACUCAUUGGGAUAUCAGAGUCCCCAUAAAAAAAUUGUUUGCACAAGUUAAAAGAGAAAAUUUUGAAAGAGCUGCUUAAUUAUAACAUGUGCUGCAUCCAGCCUACUCUCAAUCACCUGAUGUACAGCAAAAUUUUUGUUAUUAUAGAAUCUUGUCAAAAUAUGUUUCUUUUCUAUGAAGCCAAUACAUAUGUAUUUUAUUUAAAGAUGAAUGAAAAAAAUGGUUACUUUAGUAUAUAAAAAAUGUAUAAACACCCUUGUUUAUCUCCUUAAUGAGAAAGAUGAAGGACAGCUUUUCUCAUACCAUCUCACACUGUGAAUUAAGAAUCCCUACGGGAUACUGCAGCAGAUGUGUUAGGCCAAUAAAAGUCUCUCAGUUGCCCAGAUUCCCUUUCCCCACUCGAGUUGAAUGUUUAUAUCUCUCAAGGGGGAUAGGGCCACAAGUGAUUUGGUCUGCAGAAAAUGUGUCAGAAUGUUCUCUGCUUCUUACACAAUAGGAUUAAUUUAUAGCCAUGUUGCUAACUUCGUUGGUUCAGUAGAGGAGUGGUAAGGCAUCAGCCUACUCAUUUCAUUAGUUUUAUGAUUUCUGUCCCCAAUUUUUGUAUUAGUUCAUAAAUAUUUCAACCAUUUGUGCCAGCCACUAUUAGGGUGACUUUCCAUCACACAAAUUAAAAAAAAGGAAGUUUACUUAGAUAAUUAAAUUAAUUAGAUAAUCAAAGCCAAAUUUUGUUGCACAUAAUAUUAUAACUGAUGUGAGUAAAUGUUUUUUUUUGGGAAAAAAUUAAAUCUCUCACAGUCACUAGCAACCACUGCAAUCUCAUGGUCCUGAUUUCUCUUUUCUUUUUACAGGAGUCUUCUUCAUUGUUCUCAAUAGCCAAUUUUACAAAGAUGCAAGUCAAGUGAUUGAUCAGAAACAAGAACAGGACAGAUGGCUGGAUGAACAGCUUGAGUUUGCAAAAUCAUGCGAUGCACAUCAUAUUGUGAUGUUUCAACACAUUCCUUGGUUUUUUGGCAAUCCUGACGAGAAUAACGAUUACUUUAAUAUCGAGUUAAAUCUACGCAAACAAAUGCUAUCGAAAAUGAAAAAUGCAGGGAUCAAAUAUGUAUUUGCUGGUCAUUAUCACAGAAAUGCUGGUGGCUUUGAUCAAGAGUUGGAAAUGAUUGUCACAAGUGCUAUUGGCCAGCAAAUUAACAAUGAUAAAGAUUCUGGGAUGAGGAUUGUAUGUGUGGGCUCAGAAAAAAUUACACAUGAAUAUUAUGAACUUGACAGUGUUCCAACCUGCGUGACUCUCUAGUUAUCUGUUUGAUAUUCAUCUGUGUGGAAGAUUUAUGAAAUUCCAGCGCAGUCAGAUCCAAAAAUGAAAACAAGUUACGAUUUCAAGAAUGAGAGGUAUCCUUUUCAUCAUGUUCUGCCCAUUGAACCAACUUUACUCAAGAGUCAUUUAAUUUCAAACACUAGUUAUCAGCUCAAUAUAAUCAUAGGAAAUUUUAUUAGAGUUGGGUUAAGAAUAGACUUUGUCAGGGACCCCAAGUCCUGUUUAUUUGCUUAGUACCUGGUAGCUUGUACUGUACUGAUCAUUUCAUUAAAUCAAUAAAUCAGUUAUUACUUUGAAUUACAGUUUUUAAGUAAUAUUUGAGAAAGAAGACCAAUUCAAUUAUGGCUUUGGCAAGAAUAACUUUCUAGGGAACUACCAAAAAGUAAUGGGAUGGUUAGAAGGCCAGUAACAAAGUAAAUAACAAGUGGGGGUGAACUUUUAUGUCAAUAGCACUUACAUGUAAGCCUGGAAAAACUAAGAGACCAAUAAUUCACUUGUGACAGUGGUUACAUGUGGCACAUAAGUGAGAAUAAAGAAAAAACCAAUCUUGCAUCUUCCUUCAACAUGUAACUAGAUCAUUUGAAUGCAAUUUUUCUUGCUUUUAAUUUAUUUUUUAUUUCUUGAUGUGUGCCAUAUUUAUUUAGAAGAUUAAAACAGAAGCUGUUUUAAUGGCAGUACAGCAAAUGUAGUUGGUUCUAUCAGUUACCUGCUGUCCUAUCCUAUAAUGUAUUAAAACUUAUUUUCACUGUCAUGUUAAUCACUAUUAAUAUGACUUUGUAUGGUUUGUAGUUAUUGCACAAAUUUUAGAUUAUUAUAAGAAAUAAAUUGAAAGGAAGCUUGAUCUGUAUGCAUUACUGAAAUAGUACCACUUAUAAAGCCAAUGCCAAUAUUACGUAAUAUGUACUUUUUUACAAUGCAAUUGUAAAUAAUGUUUAUUUGAUUCUUAGGUGGCCUGUAACACUUCCCGAGUCUUUGCUUGAAAUUAGUACUUAUAAGUUUUAAGCUUUAAAUUCAAGUUUAUUCAAGUCUGAGAAACUUUGUCUUAGUUUCCACCUUACACUGUUAACUCAGUACAACAAAUGGAUAUGAUUUUAUCCACUACAUGUACCUUACAAUGACUUUGUAAAGUUACUGUAACAACUGGUACUUCAUUUCUGUAAGUAAUAGACUUCAUAAUUAUAUAGAGGACGUAAUAGGGAUUCAUCUUAAGCAUGAUGUUGAAGCUGCCAGUUGUUAAUCCUGUAAUUUUUAUCCCUUCAAAAGAAUUGCAGAACAAGAAGAACCUUUCAAGAACAAAUGUGAAUAUUUAAAGGAAUUUUCAGACAGUAGAAUUUGAUUUUGCAGUGAACAUCAUGCUUAAAAUCUUGUCUCUUAUCACAUUUGAUCAAAGUCUCCAAUCACAACUCAAAGAUGGACACACAGGUCCUCUUAUUGUACAUUCAAUGGGUAAACUUGUCUCACACAAACAUACAUGUACUUUUCAGUACCCAAAAUGGAGGAUACAUUUUGAACUAAGGAUUAAAAUAACUGUUUAAAAUUGUGAAAAUGAUGAAAAUCAUAAAAUAACCACUGAAUUCAGAAUUGCUUUCCUGAAUAUUUAUAAACAUUUUUAUAACUUACAGAGUUAAGAUACUCGACACUAUAUAGAUCCUCAAAAAUAUAUAUCAAUGCUUCACAUACAGGAAAUUAUUGUAAUAUUAAGAUUAGUUCGAGUAGUGUGAUCGUCCGGG